AUGCCGUUGGAGAAUAUCGUUGUUCAGGGGGCGCGGGAGCAUAAUCUGAAGGAUGUGAGCGUUACGAUUCCGCGCAAUAAGCUGGUGGUGAUGACGGGUGUUUCGGGGUCGGGCAAGAGUUCCCUGGCGUUCGAUACGAUUUAUGCGGAGGGGCAGCGGCGGUAUGUGGAGUCGCUGUCUUCUUAUGCUCGGCAGUUCCUGGGGCGGAUGGAUAAGCCGGAUGUGGACUAUAUCGAGGGGUUGUCUCCUGCGAUUUCCAUAGAUCAGAAGGGCGUGUCGCAUAAUCCGCGCUCGACGGUGGGGACGGUUACGGAGAUUUACGACUACCUGCGGCUGCUGUUCGCGCGGACGGGGCAUCCUCACUGCUACAAGUGCGGGCGUCCGGUGGAGCGGCAGACGGUGCAGCAGAUUGUGGAUGCGGUGCUGGGUCUGCCUGAGAGCAGCCGAAUCCAGAUUAUGGCGCCGAUGGUGCGGCGGCGGAAGGGCGAGCACAAGGAGAUUUUCGAGGAUGCGCGCAAGGCGGGGUCGUGCGGGUACGGGUGA